AUGGCGAGGAUAGCCAACCCCCCGAGGAGCUUUGAACGGCUACACCACGUCCGGGCCCGUCUGCGCAAGGCAUCGUGCUUGACGGCUGACGCCCACGACGAUGUGAGCCAGGACGAGGACAGCGGUGGUUACAGUGACGAUGAGCAAAGACGUGCACACCCGUUCGCCCCAGGCCAGUCGCCAGCACCCACAGGAGACGCUCAAGGCGCAUCGCCGCCUUCAUCAACGCCGGCAGCACCUCAGGCAGUCCCCGUCCAAGAGGCCGACCCCCAGGCCCAAUCCGCCUUUUUCAACCGCCUCCCACCGGAGGUCCGCCGGAUGGUCUACACCCACGUCUGGAGGCUGUCCAACCCCACCCUGGCCCUGCACAUCCACGCCGCCUGCGACGGGGCCCGGCUGACGCACACCCCGUGCUGCACCACCCCGUCGCCGCCGGGCUUGAUGUCGGUGGAGGAGGCAGGGGAGGCAGAAGAAGACGACCCCAUGAGGACGGACCCGUGGCCCGGGUGGCGGGGCAGGAACCAGCCGCCGCGGUGGUUCUGGCACGCCUGGGGCCUGCGCAUGCGCUGGGGCUCGCCGCACUGGAAGUGCCAGGCCGAGGAGAUGCUCUCGUGGAGGGCGAGGGCGGACGGGACGUGUGCGGACGAGCGGGGCUUGGGGUCGAGCGGCUACCUGCCCGUGUUCCUGACCAGCCGGAGGGUAUACGCCGAGGCGAUCGAGUCGUUCCUCGAGUCGACUACGCUGAUAUUCACCGCCUCGGAGGACGCCUACCGCUUCUUCGUGCAGCACCCACACCGCCACCGCGCGCGGGUCCGCAGCGUGCAGCUCGCCUUCACCCACUUCAAGGACCACCUGUUCCUGCAGCGCAUCGAGCCCAGGCACCCGCGCCUGCCCGACAGCCAGCUCGGCGUUCCCGUGUCCGCCGCGGCCGCCCCGACCGCGCGGGAGGAGGUGUUCCUGGACGUGCUGAGGGAGUGGGCGGCCGAGGGGUACGGCACGGUCGAGGAGAGGGCGGGAGGGUUGGUAUACACCGAGACGGGGCGGCUGCGCUGA